AUGUUUUUUGGUUUUAAUACAAAAGUCAUUGGUCCAAAAGAAAAUAAAAUUAUUCCUGAUGAUUUUCCUGGAUUUACUGAUGGAAUUUGCUCAAAUGGAAAUCAAAUUGCUUUAUAUUCAGCAGAUAAAAAAUCAAUUUUCUUAAUUAAUAUAGAUAAAUUAGAUUGGAAUAGACUUAAGCUUGCUGCUUCAGAAAAUCAAAAAGUUCAGUUUAGAAAUAUUCUUUGGAUAGAAGAAAAUACAAAAUUACUUGCGAUUCUCAAGAACAUGAUCAUUAUUUACAGCAUAGAAUCAGGAGAAGCAAUUGCUAAAAAUGGUAUUGAAAGUGAAAAUAACUCAUAUAUUGAUGCCGUAGUUCAUGAGGGAUUAAUUUACGUUUUACACAGCCAAAAAACAAUCAGAAUUUAUGAUACUAAUCUUGAAAAAGUUCAAGAUGUUGAAAUUGAUUACGAGCCAUCGGCAAUUUGUAAUUUUGGCAAUAUUUUCGUAAUUGGAUGCCAAAAUGGAAAAGUUUUGAUUUUCGAGAAAGGCGAAACUUUUGAAAAGACCAAUGAAUUCCGUGCUACAGCUUCUCCAAUUGAAAAUAUUCAAAUGACCGAAGAUAAAUUAUUUAUUUCUUCAAAAAGCGAUAAUGUUUUAUGGAACAAUAAAUUUGUUCCACAAUUUAGCGUCAAGUCCAUCUCCCAGAUAAUCUAUACUGAUCCAACACUCAAAUUUGGCCUCUCUUUAACACAAGGAAAAUUAUAUUUCCAUAAAAUUGCAAAAGGUAACAAAUCAGAGACUUCAGCCGUACUUCCUUUGAACUGCGACGGUCUGAUCGAGAAACCUUAUUUCCAAUGGCUUGAUGAGAACACUCUUCGCGCAUUUGUCGUGACACCAAUGAAAUUAUUUGUUAUAAUGUUUGAGAAACCAGCAGACAAAAACUAA